AUGGAGACUGAAGAGACCAAAGGGCUCGCAGUCCCCCCUCUUGCCUCGCCCAUUAUCGAAGCAACGCCAACGUUUCCCGAGGAGAUUGAAGGACUCUCAGUGCCCCUUCCUGCCUCGCCUAUCAUUGAGCCGACGCAAACUUCUCUCGAGGAGACCAAACGACUCUCAGUCCCGCUUCUUGCCUCGCCUGGCAUCGAGCCGAUAUCAUUGUCUCAACCUAACCCAGACUCCUUGGAAGAACCAAGUCAACAGACCGAGAAACCAGAGGCACAGCUUGUCAACGAGACAGCUAGCCAACAAUUUCCCAAUCCUGUGAUGAAGGAAGCGUUGAAAGUACUUAUCGACAACACCAUCUCGGUCGUGGAGUACGGGAACCAGGUUCUAUACAGAUGUGGAUAUGCAGAGGUUCUGAUUUUCGUAGAGUGGGUUGUGCCUGAUGAACAGCUGUUGCUUGCUUCACAGCUGUUGCUCGAAAACAACUGGCCCCGCCUUCUUCACCACGAGAGAGAUUGGAAUGGUAGCCCUAGACCCGCUGAAUACUGGGAAACGCAAUACCUGAUGCACGACCUUGAUGGAGAGGGCUGGAUGCGUGUCCAUCUCAUUCCUCUGUCACUGGUUGGUUUCACUCUUGAGGAGACUGUCGAGGUUCCCUCGACAUUUGCCCCCGAGCUCCACCUCCUCACCCCCAAACCUCCUCAUUACAUGGCAUCCUUGAUACGUCAUCUCUUGCAACUCCCGAUUGAUCACAGUAGCCGACUUCGAGUUGAGAAGGACCUUAUGGGGUUUAUCUCUGCUUACAUCCUCAAAGAUGGACCGGCUAAUACGACUAUGUGGGCCUAUCUUGAUGACCAGGAGAGCGACGAGGACUACCAGAAAAGAGUUGAAGAAGGGGUCCGGUUUAUGAAGACAUGGGACUGGGGCAAUAUUGAGGAAAGAUUCCUGGCCAUAGCUGAAUCUGCGGUCCGAGAUUGCCGCUACAUCGAUACGCUGACGGACGUCCACAAAGAGCAGAACACGCCCUGA